UGAUGUCAUAUGUCUGACGGGGAAAAGAGCUCUAGCUCAGUGGGGUUCAAUCCCCGGCAUCUCCAAGUAGGGUUGGGAACCUCUCCCGCCUGAAACCACACACAGCCGAGAAUAAGCCCCACGACGCGGCCAAUUAGAACUCCCUUGGCUCGGCGCCCCGAAAGAAAAGCAGCUGCGCAGCUGGAGUUAUCGACAUGCCAACCACAACGCUCACCUUACAACGCGGUCCCCCCCUUCUUCAUCCCGUCACCAGCCUUCUCCCGCUCCGUCAUUGGCGUUCUCUUUUCCCCGCCUUAGCGGCCGGCUUUGCUGUUACGGUUGCCCGGGAAGCCCCGCUCCGAAAUGGCGGCCGUUUCUAGUGGCAACAAGAGCUUCAAGGGCGAGCGGGUUUUAGAAAAACAGUUGAAGAUAUGUGGCUUUAAGAAAAAUAAAGAAGUCACAGAUUUGUAUCUUGGUGAAAAAGGAUUAGAAGAAGUCCCUGAUUUAUCACGGUUCCGGAUAUUAAGGUUUUUGUGGCUAAAUAAUAAUAAGAUUCAGAAUCUAACUUUCUUGAAGCAUAACUGCUGCCUGACAGAACUAUACCUCAACGAUAACGAAAUCAGAAAUAUAGCAGGUACUCUGAAACAUGUGCAUUCAUUGCAGAUCCUACUGCUUCACAACAAUCGUCUGAAAAACCUGGAGAAAACUGUGAAAGAGCUACAGGGAAUGCAGUAUCUACAUACCCUAAACCUGUUUAAUAACCCUCUGUCACAAGAUCGCAGAUACCAUCUCUGUGUAAUAUACCACAUUCCUUCAGUAACUUUGCUUGACAGAAAAGAAAUAACUACAAAACAAAGAGAAUCUGCUCUGCAUAUUUACAACCAUGAAAAGACCCUUGUCCUUCAGUCUAUAGGAUUUGGAAAGAGAAUAGAUGUACCACUAUUGCCUAAGACAGCAUUUUGCCUGACGCCCACCAAAGUAAUGCGCUUGCCUCCAGGUUGCGAGUUUGGAAAUCACCUGGUUAAGAAAACUUGUCAUUUUUUGUUGUUGUUUGGAAGAAUUCCAUUUGAAAAUCCAGAAGAUGCAGUCUUUAUAAGGGCAAUGAAGCGGUCUGUAAUGGAAUUCUCCACUGUCGAUUGGGAGACAAUGCCCACUUGUGAAGAAAGACGCCUUGGCACCGAUCCAGAAAAACGGCCAGAGAGACUGACAAUUAAGUUUAGAUAAGAGUAACUUUUCUUAGGAAAUGUCUCUUUUGCCAUUAUUUGUGUUACUGCAUUUUAAACCUCAAAGUCAUUUCAAAUCUAGAUACAUGUUACCAUUUUAACACCUAAUGUAUAGUAUGCAAGCAGGAUACUUCAAGCUAUAAUUGUAAUUGGUUACUUAAAACCAGUGUCAUAGCUCAUGGAUUGAAGUUGUCUUGUUGAGCAAUUAACCAUUGUUUGUUGUAAGCCAGGUUCUUGGUUUGCACAUAUUUGAAACUAAAAAUAAAGUUGGCAGAAGUUGUCCUCUUUGGCACACAAGAGUAGGAAACUGCAUUCAGACCAACUCAGAUCUCUCUCUUAACUACUCUUACACCAGAAACUACACCCUGGCUUAUACGAGAAGCCGCACUUCCUAGUGAUGGUAGCAUCUUGUGUUGCUUGGCAGCACAACUUCUGAAUGGUCACUAUUUCCCCUGGGUGUGCUGCAGGCCCUGUAAGGACAGCAAAUGACUUGGAAUCAUUGACGUUCUGGUGGCGCACUCACCAUCCCACGGCAGCCUCUCUUCUUGCGGUAGUAAGCGUCACGUCAUAAAUUCAUGUUUUUCAGAGCUGCCACACACUGGGCUGACAUAAUCAAGCUAUCUACUAUGGCCCUAAAGUCAAAGACCUAAAGUCUUGGUCCUGGUCAGUUGCUGGCAGUUAAGACCGCAUGAGUGCAUAUGUGAAAAAUAUUUUUGGCUCCAAUGUGCAUCACUGGAUUUGCUUACACUGAAUUGCCAUUUUAUUGCCCAUUCAGCUAAUUUGGAGAGGUUUUGCAUUCAGAAGGAUUUAGCCUCAAGUCCUAGAUGUGGGGAUGCAAAGCUAAGAAAUAGAAUUGUUUAGGCAGCCUA